AUGAAGGACUUCGUGAUGAUCUGGAACCGUUUCGCCGGCCGGCGUUACUCGACCGUAAAUGUGAAUCAGAAUCAAAGCGACUCGAGCGAGUCCGAGGAGAUGACAAUCGCACGAAGGACUAACACAAUCAGGAGAAAGUCGUCGGUGGUCGUGAACCGUUUCUUUAAUGCGGCACUACCGAACGCUGUGCAUUCGCCCAUCAGCCCGAGAUGGCCAAAGAGUAUUUUUAUGCUGAUGACUUUGGGGUCGAUCGGCCUGGCAACCGGCUGCAUACUCUUGGUCUUCCAACCGUACGAGCUAUUGUUCAGGCUGAAAGUGAUCUUCACCCCGGGCGGCGAGAUUUUCGAGAUGUGGCGAAAACCGGACGUCGAACUCUACCUGAAGGUUUUUCUUUUCAACGUGACCAAUUCAGAGGAGUACCUAACCGGAAAGGAGAGCAAGCUGAGAUUCCAGGAAGUCGGUCCGUACGUUUACAAGGAAUCGUUGGAACACGGGAACGUAAGAUUCAACACGAACGGCACCGUGUCUGCGAACCUUCAUCAUCCUUUGACCUACGUACGGGAAAUGAGCAACGGGACCGAGCUGGACUUUCUGAUACUACCGAACAUCGCGUUAUUGAGUAUCACAAAUGUGAUGAGGGAUGCAUCGUAUAUCACCAGGCUUGGUCUAAACAUGCUGAUCCUCCACACAGACACGCAACCUCUAGUGAGAAUGACGGCUCGAGAAUUUAUGUUUGGUUACGAAUCCACUCUUGUCACGCUAGGCAACAAUAUGAUGCCAUCCUGGAUCAAAUUCGAUAAACUGGGUCUCAUCGACAGAAUGUACGAUUUUGACGGUGAUUUCGAAACCGUUUACACAGGAGAAACCGACGUCCGUCUGACGGGCUUAAUUGAUAAGUACAACGGCAACGUGAAUCUGCCGCAAUGGACAGGAAAGUGUGCGAAUGUGAACGGUGCCAGCGAUGCGGUCAAGUUCCCCAGUUACAUACAGCCGAACGAUACUAUAUUUUUCUACAGAAAAAGUCUCUGUCGUAGCGCUUAUAUGGGACGAACUGGGGAAAAGUUCAUAAACGGGUUACACACGUACGAGUAUAAAUUCCUCGAAAAUCAGUUGGACAAUGGCGUCUACAAUCCGGAGAACAAAUGCUUCUGCCGUAAAGGGCAUUGCUUGCAAGCUGGCUUGAUCGACGUUACCGAUUGCUAUUAUGGUUUUCCAAUCGCUCUGUCUUUUCCGCACUUUUACAAAACGGAUCCAAGGAUCUUGGAAGCUGUGGAGGGUCUGAAUCCGAGGGCGAAUCUGCACGAGUCGUACGCCUAUGUUCAACCCAAGUCGGGACUUCCGGUGAACCUUGCCUUCCGAUUCCAAAUAAAUAUGGCCUUGCAAAAUAUCGGUCACAUGGCCAGGGUCCAGAAAUUCGAGAACUUCGUGUUACCGCUCCUGUGGUUUGAAAUUGGAAUGUACGAAUUACCAGCAUCAUUGAACACUCGCUUCUGGCUCUAUUUGAACGCCCUUCCAGUUGUGGAGAAAGUGGGGAUAUACGGUUUAAUAUUUGCCGCCGUGGUCGCUAUAUUUUUCGGUGUCCACAAGAUCGUUUUGUUCCAAACAAAAGGAUCGUUGUUACCUCAACAGUGGCAGGCCACGGCGGACAUCACAAGUCAAAAGUUGCAAUUCUUAACAAACCGGCGACUCUCGUGCAAGUCGAACGAAAUGGACACUCACUAUAGUUCACUACUCGAUUCGAAGGAACCGAACGGGACGUCCGAUGUGACAACGGAAUUAGCGAAUUUAAAAGAAGAGAUCGUGUGA